GCCCCGGCCGCGGGCAGCGAGAGGCGGCGGGGAGAGGAGGAAGGAUGAGGCCCCUGCUCUGCUGCCUGGUCCUGGCUGCACUCCUGGGGCCCUGCCUGGCCUGUCCCAGCCCCUGCUCCUGCUCCACCAAGAAAAACGGGCGGCUGUUGGCCGAGUGUGCCUACAGGGAUCUCCAGGAGGUACCCAAGGGGUUGUCCUCCAACGUGACCAUCCUCACCCUGUCGGCCAACAGGAUCAGCUGGUUGGGGCAGGGCUCCUUUGCCGAGGUUCCUGAAGUGCAGUCACUGUGGUUGGGCUACAACCAGAUCGGGGUGGUGGAACCAGGGGCUUUUGCCUUGUUGGUGCAUCUGAAGAAUCUGGACCUGAGCCACAACAAGAUCGCAGAUUUCCCGUGGCAGGACCUCCGCAACCUCAGCGGCCUGCAGAUCCUGAAGAUGAACAACAACCGCCUGGCCGGGCUGUCCCGGGAUGCCUUCCAUUCCCUGAAGGACCUGCGCUCCCUCUGGCUCAAUGACAACGAGUUGACCACCUUGGCUGAGGGCACCUUUGACAACCUGCCCUCCCUGUCCCAGCUGCAGAUCUUCAACAACCCCUUCAACUGCUCCUGCAAGGUCUUCUGGCUGAAGAAAUGGACCGAGCGCACCUCGGUCUCCAUCACCAAGGGGGGGUCCACCCUGUGCGUGGCUCCCGCCAGGCUGAAGGGCAGGGCAGUGACAGACAUCCCCGACCACCACUGCGUGGCCCCCUCGGUGCAGCUCACCUACCUCUCCAACCUGGACAACACGGUCAUGUACGACGGGCUGACGCUGACCCUGCACUGCAGCGUGGCCGGCAGCCCCCCGCCGGAGAUCCGCUGGAAGAUCCAGACCUCCAGCCGCCGCAUCGAGAUCAACGGGCCCAACGUGGCGCGGGAUGGAAACGUCAAGCAGAGCCAAGAGCACUUCCUGGUCUUCAAGAACGGCACCAUGGCCAUCCCCAACUUCAGCAAGGAAGACGAAGGCACCUACACCUGUCUCGCUGUCAACGACGUGGGCACGCGGGAUGUCUCGGUCAACGUGGCGCUGGCUGGGUCGGAGAAUCCAGCUGAAGACCUGCUCCGAGAUGACCCCCAUGCCGGCCACCUCGGGGGGCGGAGCUGCUACAAGGGGGACGAAAUGGAUCCCUCGGGCAUUGGAGAAAAGCUGGUGAUCGUUUAUCACAUGCCGAGGGAGUCGAAGAGUGGGGCUGGAGGGGCCCUGCCCCAGGUCCACCUGGGGACCCUCCUGCUGGCUUUGGGCUUCGUGCUCUGCUGUUAAAUGGGGGAGGAGGAAACGGUGCCUCGGGGGUUCCCCCUCUUUCUGUAGCAUUUAUUUUCACGUAGUGUCGUGCCUUUGCUGAGCUUCUGGGAACUGUGGGCGGUCAGGAGUCAAAGGGGGCCAAGAUCCAGGCCCAGGGCUGGUAGUUCAACCCCUCCUUAGGUGGGGGUCAGGGCUGGGCUCUGUUAGUUGAAGGUUUCAAAUGAGUUUGGGUGAUGUCAAGCAGACCCACACCCUGCUGCCACUUUCCAGGUGUCCAAAUCUGACACCUCCCCCUUAUCUCCCUUCUGAGAUCAAAGUGUAGCUGCAGGAUUAAAGUCCACCCUCAACAAGGUGACCAUCAUCUGUCCCCAGAGCCCACCAGGAGCCCACCUCCACCUGCAGCAUCCAGCUGUGUCCAGAGAGGGGAUCCAAGGAUAACACCCAUGACCAGCAGCUGGGCCCUUGGCCAGCCAGGUGCAUCCUUCCCACCACCAACAUUACCUGAAGUAGAAGGACCAGUCUGAGAAUGGAGAAAGAGCCAGGGAAUGGGGUCCUGGGAUGCCAGGUGACGUGGCUCUGAGGGACAGAGAUGUGAUGGUGCCUUGUAGGCAGAAUGGGUACAGCAGAACAUGUUGGGUGGAGCCAUGGGCUUGGAUCAGGCCAUUUUUCAGAGCAGGAGAAGAUUUGCCACAGGAUUCAUCCCUGUAGGAGCACAAAGGGCUCCAGCUGGCUGGGUGCUGGGAGCAUCUAAAAUGCCUGUGCCUUCCCCGAAUGUCACAGGAUUUCCAACUCCCUCCCCUUUCACUGCUGAGAUCUGUGGUCCAAAAAAACUCGUCUGGGCUGGACCCACCGAGUUGCCCUGCUUCAGCUCCGGCCCCGGCAGGGAGGGACUGAGCUCAAAGAGACCCAAAUAAUUCCCCAGCACUCUUCCUUGACAGGAUACUAAACAGGGGCUGCAUGGUGGAGUGGGAGGAAAAAAGGUUGGGAAAACCCAGACUACAGAGAGAGAAGCUGAGCUGACCUAUAAGCCAUAAACACACUCCUUAAGUGCUUUAGCGUUCCCAUGUGGGACAUAUAUACCUUAUCCAGCUGUCCCAGGGUGCUGGGGAACCCUUUGUCUCCUGGUGGAGGGAUUGAGCACCUCUAUCUCCCCCACCUCAAGGUACAGGUGGUCCAGCUUUUGUACCAUCUGUGGGAGCUGGAUGGACCCCUGCAGCCCCCUCACCUUAUAACCAAACCUGUAUGGACAGCAAUAAAUACCUUUUUUUUUAAAA